AUGCCUCUCUGGAAAACCAUACAAGAUGACAUCCUAAUUUGGCCUUUUACCCCUGAUGGAGUCUAUUUUGUCAAGUCUGGAUACCGGUACUUACAUGAGCUGCAGCAACAUGGCUUACCUGGACCCUUAGACAAUUCAGUGCUCACGCCCCUUUGGAAGAAAAUUUGGGGGCUUCAAGUUCCAAACAAAGUCAAGCACCUGGCUUGGAAAGCUUGUAAGGAUUCUUUGCCAACAAAGACUAAUUUAGUUCGCAAAAAGGUCAUUACUGAGGGCUGCCGUGAUGCUUGCAAAUUGCACCAGGAGGAUGUGGUUCAUGCUUUGUUUCGUUGCCCAACCUUGCAAUCCGUUUGGAGGUCUCGAACUCAAUGGAACCACAGCACGCUUCAGGCGUGCUCCUCUUUCACUGAUAUAUUUGAGUUUAUUUUUGUAGGUAAUAAGGAACCCGACCUCUUUGCUGUUGUGCUAUGGACUCUAUGGAAUAGAAGGAAUAAUUUGCGCUUGGGCAAGCCUACACUCUCACUCGGUCAGGUGGUGGAUUUUGCUCAAGACCGAAUCCUGGAGAGAGCUUCUUGCAACGCUGCUUUUCAACAACCUCGACCCCACCAGGUAGCGGCUUGGCAGGCACCAGUUCAACAUGCUUAUAAAGUCAACUUCGAUGGCGCGAUAUUUGCAGAAGACGGACUUGCUGGCUUGGGAGUUAUGAUCCAUAACGAUCAUGGACUGAUCAUGGCUUCUCUUACUCAGCAAAUACCAUUACCCGGUUUAGUGAUAGAGGUGGAAGUCUUGGCUACACGGAAAGCAUUGGAGGUUGGCUUUGACAACAUCACUCUUGAGGGGGACUCUGAAGUUUUGAUUAACUCCUUAGCAAAGGGCGGCAAUUCUCUGGCUCACUAUGGUCAUUUACUUGUAGACAUUCAUGUCUUCAUGACUUGA